AAAAGAGGUGCAUCCUAUACAAGAGCAAAGACCCCAAAAGUAGGUGCGUUUACACUUGCGGCAGUCUGACCUAGGCUGUUAGCCCUGGAAUGAGGAUAAAUGCUCCCUCACAGGGGAUGGUGUCAUUUGAGGACGUGGCUGUGAACUUCACCUGGGAGGAGUGGCGGAACCUCAGUGAUGCUCAGAGGACCCUGUUCCGCGAUGUGAUGCUGGAAACCUUUAACCACCUGGUGUCAGUAGGGCAUCGUGUUAAGGAUCCUGAGGCGAGCAUCAGCUUGGAGCCGGGAGCACAGCCAGGGACUGUGGAACAACCUCCCAACCAGGACCUCCCAGAUCUCCUGCUGCUCUUCCAAUGGCUGCCAGUCUUCUCAGACUGACCCAGUGUUCAGUCCCUGAUACUGCAGGGAGCUAUUCUGCAU